AUAUUUCUUAGUCUUCUCAAUUCCAAUUUUGCUAUGUCUUUUCUAAGUUUUCUUGUAGCUGCCCUUUUACUUGUUGGGCUGUUAAUCCAAAUGACAGGAGCACAACCUAUUGGAGUAUGCUAUGGAAAAUUUGCAAACAAUUUGCCAUCAGAUCAAGAUGUCAAAAACCUAUACAAUUCUAAUGGCAUUAAAAAGAUGAGAAUUUACUAUCCAGACACAAAUGUCUUCAAUGCUCUCAAAGGAAGUGACAUUGAAAUAAUUCUUGAUGUCCCAAAUCAAGAUCUUGAAGCCCUAGCCAAACCUUCAAGUGCCAAUGGUUGGGUUCAAGAUAAUAUAAUAAGUAAUUUUCCAGAUGUUAAAUUCAAAUAUAUAGCCGUUGGAAAUGAAGUUGAUCCCGGUACAAAUACCGGUCAAUAUACACAAUUUGUUGGUCCAGCAAUGGAAAAUGUUUACAACGCGUUAACAUUAGCAGGAUUGCAUGAUCAAAUUAAGGCACUUUUCAACGAUCAAGGGACUAAUUCCGCGGGAUAUCAAAAUAUUUUUGAUGCCCUUUUGGAUUCAAUGUAUUUUGCUAUGGAGAAAGUUGGAGGACAAAAUAUUGAGAUCAUUGUAUCGGAAAGUGGUUGGCCUUCUGAGGGACAUCCUGCAGCAACUAUGGAAAAUGCACAGACUUAUUAUACGAAUUUGAUUAAUCAUGUGAAAGGAGGGGCUGGAACACCAAAGAAACCUGGAAGGACCAUAGAAAUUAUUUAUUCGCCAUGUUUGAUGAAAAUGAAAAGAAGGGAGAUGCAAGUGAGCAACAUUUUGGACUCUUUAAUUCUGAUCAGAGGCCAAAAUAUCAACUCAAUUUUAAUUUAUGAUAGCGUAUUAUAAUUAAUAUAUAGAUAUUUUAUAUUAUAUAUGAAUGAUAAGGAGAAAUGGUAUGUUUUUAUCUUUCAAUAAAUGAUAGUAUAUAUAUUUAAUUAAUAUGUAGUGAGAAAAUGUAUGGCCUCUUGUAUGUU